CCAGUGUCGGAAGAUGUGGGGAAGAUGGCGGAGCUGCAGAUGCUGCUGGAGGAGGAGAUCCCCGCGGGCCGCCGAGCGCUGUUGGACAGUUACCACAACCUGGACCGGGUGGCCGAGUACUGCGAGAGCAACUACAUACAGGCGGCAGAUAAGCAACGAGCUCUUGAGGAAACCAAAGCUUACACAACACAGUCACUAGCGAGUGUGGCCUACCUGAUCAACACCUUGGCAAACAAUGUCCUUCAGAUGCUGGAUAUCCAGGCAUCCCAGCUCCGGCGCAUGGAGUCGUCAAUUAAUCAUAUCUCUCAGACAGUGGACAUUCACAAGGAGAAAGUUGCAAGAAGAGAGAUUGGUAUCUUGACAACCAAUAAAAACACCUCCAGGACUCAUAAAAUCAUUGCCCCGUCCAACCCUGAGAGGCCUGUCAGGUACAUCAGGAAGCCCAUCGAUUAUGCUAUCUUGGAUGACAUCGGUCAUGGAGUGAAGGUUAGCACUCAGAAUAUGAAGAUGGGUGGGCUUCCACGGAGCACCCCACCCACACAGAAACCGCCUAGUCCUCCUGUGUCAGGAAAGGGCACCCUCGGUCGGCAUUCUCCUUAUCGUACGCUGGAACCUGUCCGCCCCCCAGUCGUCCCAAAUGACUAUGUUCCAAGCCCAACUCGCAACAUGAGCUCCUCACAGCAGCAGAGUCCGGUGCGGACAGCUUCUGUAAAUCAGAGAACAAGGACAUACAGCAGCAGUGGGAGCAGUGGGGGAAGCCACCCGAGUAGCCGUAGUAGCAGCAGGGAGAACAGCGGCAGUGGCAGUGUUGGGGUUCCCAUUGCUGUACCAACUCCUUCUCCACCCAGUGUCUAUCCAGGGCACACUCCUCAAUUCUACAGCAUGAAUCGACCAGUGCAGCGGCAGAAUCCUACCACCAUAGGAGGAUCUCUACCCGGCUAUAGAAGGCCACCCUCCAUGACCUCGCAGGGUAACGUCCAGAAUCAAAUCAACGGGGGCCCAUUCUACAGUCAGAACCAGGCAACUGAAUCACGAGCGCCACUGGCUCCACCGCCACCUUCUAUUCUGCAGGUUACACCUCAACUGCCGCUGAUGGGCUUCGUAGCCAGAGUUCAGGAUAACAUUUCAGAUGGCUCCACUCCUCCUCCUCCUCCACCACCGGCUGAUGUAGUGUUUGAUGAGUCACCUCCGCCUCCCCCGCCACCAGAGGAUUACGAGGAAGAAGAGACAGCUGUGGUAGAGUACAGUGACCCAUAUGCUGAGGAGGACCCACCGUGGGCACCCAAGAACUAUUUGGAGAAAGUGGUUGCUAUCUAUGACUAUUCAAAAGAUAAAGAAGACGAAUUGUCUUUUCAAGAGGGUGCCAUUAUUUAUGUAUUGAAGAAGAAUGAUGACGGCUGGUAUGAAGGAGUGAUGAAUGGAGUGACUGGUUUGUUUCCUGGCAACUACGUGGAAUCCAUCAUGCAUUAUGCAGAGUGACAUGCUAAAGGCAGCCCCCCGGCAGCUGCCCCCCCUCUUCCCGCUGGUGCACUGCCGCACUCUGUGGCUUCCUGUCAUGCUGGAAAAGGAACAAGCUGAAAUGAAGGAUUUGAGUAAAUGAUACACACAAAUAAUGACCUUGUUAUUCAACCAGGAUAGAGUGAAGUGGCAUUGUCUCUCAGGAGUCUGAUAUUCCUGCUGCCGGUGUAGGCACCAGUGACUGUUGAACUCCAUUGUGAAAUGAGCUCUUUCUGUGUCUGUCUCAUGUGCGUGCGCGUGCACACAUGCACUCUCUCUCUGUCUCCCUCUUCUGUAUCUUUCUAACAUGUACUGACAUGCACACGUCACUGUCUCGGCCUCUCUCACACACUACACUCUGGCACUCUGCCUUUCACACAGUCACUGCCUUUCUAAACUCUCUCACAUAAACCACUGUCUUUUACACAUGCGCGCACGCAGUUUUUCUCCCUGUCCCCUAUACAGAAAAUCAUGUAAUGCAGUCAUGCUGGUGUUAAGGGUUGACCGAUACCACCUUUACUACAGGGCAAGUCCCUUGCCAGAUAAUGGUCCAAACAAAAUGCCUCUGUGAUGAUGCUUCCGUAUUCUGAAUUAAGCUGUCCACACUCCCAAAUGCAAUCUGCAAGGAAAUUCUCAAAGCAGACAUCCUUCAAAAGCUCAAGAAGGAAGUCAGCUGGAGAGUGUAUACUGGAAGCAGUCAGAUUAGAUGCUGUGUUGUACAGGGUACCCUGUCGGACAGUUCAUGUCUGUGUUGGUUGAGUUGAGUCUGCCUUGAGUUGGUUGGCAAUCUGGCUACCAGCAUUUGACUAAAUUUUGGUAAAUGUGUUUGGCUCUCAUCUGUAACUGAGAGAAACAGCUAGAAUCUACAAUUCUAGAUUCAGCAUUCGAAGCGUGGGUAGUGUCUGAAGAGAGCAAUUUGUUCUGUAUAACAUUUUGAUACAAUACACAAUGGAUACAGUUAUUUCACUGUAUUUCAUUGAAGUAGAGUGUUGGUGGGUACAAGUAUAUCACUAUACAACAGAUAGAGUGGUGGAUACAGGUGUGUCACUGAUGCUGGAAUGCUGUAUUGUUAGAUACAUGUUUGUCAUUGGAUAUGAUUAAGGUACAUUACUGGUGGGUACAGGUCUGCCACUGUAUAUUACUGAUGUGCAGUACUGGUGGAAAGAGGUCUGUCAGUGAAUAACAUUGGGGUCUGUUUUGGUGGGAACUGUCAAUCAAAACACUGGAGUGCAAUACAAGGAUAAGGUCUAUCAACUAUAACACCGGGAUACGAUACUAGUGGGUAUAGAGAUAGGAGAAAGUUCAUGGAAAUGAGUAUUAUGUGAGAAGUAUAUUGCAUUCUAUUAUAAUAUAUAUGAUUGUGUUUUUUGCACAGUGUCUUGGAUCAAUAUAUUUAAUAAUAAUAAUAGCAGCACUCACAGCUGUUACACAUGUUUUAGAGUCUAAGAUUGCUUUCAUUUUUAUUCUAAUUCACAGACUAAUGUUUCUGAGACAGGUUAAUAAAAUCUACAGAUGGAAUUGGUGUAGCCUUAUUCAUGAGGGCUCGAGGUUUUAAAUUAUCCUGAUAUAAUUUUGACAUUUCCCAGUCUGUACCACUGGGGGAAGCACAGAAAUAAGAAUAAGUUUAUAGCCAGGUGAUUAGGAUUCAAAGGGCUUCUUUUCUGAUUAAAUACAAAGUCACUAGAUUGAACUUUACACCUCUUUAUGUUAUAAGAACAUCAGAAAUAGGAGCAGGAGUAGGCCAUGUGACUUCUCGGUUCCAUUCUGCCAUUAGGUUAAAUAAGCUGAUGGGAUCCUGAGGAUUAUAGAUAGAGGUGUAGAAUACAAAAGCAGGGGACAUGUAAUGAACCUUUAUAGAACCCUGAUUUGUCCGAAGGUAUGCUGAGGCCAAGGCUGACAAAGCACUCGAGAGAGAGUGCAGGGAGAUUUAUGAGAAUGUUCUGAGCUGAGGGUCUUUGAUUGCAAGGGUAGUUUGAAGAAGCAGAGAUUGGUCUCGUUGGAGGAGAUUGGAGAUUUGGUGAAAGUCUUCAGGAAGAGGAGUCUAUAUCAUGAAAUGAGAGAAAUAUUUCCCAUUGGUAGAGGGACCAAGUGAUUGGCAAAAAAAAACAACAUUUAUACAAUUGGUUAUGUGCCAUAACCAUUCUAUCAUUACAAAUUGACAGGAUUUGUUCAUCUCACAACAGACUGCUAAAAUAUGUAACAAAAUGCAUCUCUCAACUUUAAAAUGAUGUUGUUGACCCUUAGCAAUUUAAUUUUACCUUAAGGCAACCAAAAUAAAGGCUAGUGUUGGAUAAAUGAAAAAGGUGGUCAGUUCAGGGGGAGUAAAAUCGCCUGGCUGAAAUUUGUCAGCUUCUAUCUUGCUUUGUGCUGCAUUGAGUAAUCUCAUCCUGGACAGAAUAGGUAGCUACAAUCAGCCUAUAGUUGCUGCUCCUGAUCAAUUCCUGAUCGACCCUGGUAGAAAAUGGUUGUGUUGGCAAAGGAGAAGAGUAUGGAAGUUUGGGAAUUGAAAAUGAAUAAAGGGACAAUUUAAGUAAACUGUUUCUUGAGACUGAAUGCUUGUGGGGAUCUAUGGCACAGCCACUACAAGAUCAAGUUUCAUCAUUACAGAUUAUAGCAGUUAAUUAAUUGGGAAAUGGAAAUCAGGUCUUUUACAUGAAUUCCUGAUUUUAAAUAGUUAUUUCCUGCAUUCGGAAUGGGUUUGUGAGCAAAUCGCUAGGAAUCAUGCAACAACUUAGGCUGCUAUCCUCACUUUCUCCUCCCUGGCAAGGAGAUCAUCAGCAAGUUAGUUGGAGUAAUAUGGCUAUUGCUCCAUUACAUGUGGCAGCACCAGUUCUUGUGGAAUACCAACAGGAUUUUCAUGGAAUCUCAGAUUUUUCUCCAGGACCCACACAUCUGAUCAGUUCAGAGAAAGGUUGCAAGGAUGUUCAACAUGUUAACCUUUGGGUGACAUGAGUAGCCAAGGCUUUGUCCAUCUAUUGAGGUGUAAAUACGAAAAAGCCUCACUGGUAAGUGGGUAGAGUUGAUAUUCUGGCAAAACGAACUAAUGGGCUGAGAGCUGUUCUUCAUUAGAACUGAACUUGUAACCUGAUUUUGACUUCCAUAAUUGCUCUAAAUUUUUAAGUAGCAAUUUUUAACAUACUGCAUAAAUCAAUACAUUUGUGAGAAUGGGUGCAAAUCGCACAAGGCACUGUUGAUAUGUGUGCAUUUAUAUCUGUCUGUAGCACAUCAUGAUAAAUAGGCAGAGUUAAUUAUGGACAGUGUGCGUAUUUAAGUAAUAAUAUUUAUACCUUAGCCUCUUAGGAUAUCAGAAAUCUUUAAAAAAUAUGAAACAGCUGCCUGAGGGUGUAACACCACUAAAACUCCCAAUACUUUAUAAAGUGAAUGUGGUUGCCUGGCCUUGUAGUACUGGUCCUUUCUGUUGUAUCGGUCGACCCUUUGGUUUCUUUGCGGUACUAAUGUGUAGAUAUCCUCACUGGUUUUAUGCACCAUUUUGUAAGAUUUUAUUUCUUCUUUUGGGUUGGCUAAGAUGCUGUGUAAAGAAUAUUGACUAGAGCCUGAUGUACAAGAAUCUGUGUCUGUAAUGUUUGAAUAGACUGCAUGCUGUAAUCCCUGUCCUGGAGCUUGCUUUUAUUUCUCACAUUGUCCCCCUUUUAAGACUAAACUUUGUCAUUUCCUUUUGCAGGUGGACAAGAAUUGUUUUGUUCUGUAUGCCCCACUCUGGCACAGGAGUGUAGGGGUUUUUUUGCUGUAUGAUGGAGCAGCAACUUGGGACACUGCCAAAUGCCCCCAUCAUUGUGCUGCCAAAUGCCCCUUCAUUGAAGUGAGCACACAUUCCAAGGCAAUAAAUCUAGAAGAAACUUGCAUAGUGGUACUGAUUUCUUCUUCAAGCGAGCAUUUUGCCUCCCUCCCAUUUUUCUUGGAUUUCUGAUUCUCCCUUGUCAAACAACUGGACUUUGCCUGUCUGCCCAACCCCCUCUUUCUCCAGCACAUGAUUUGAGUGCUUUGUUUGAAAAGGGGUCAGAAGAUCAUUUGUGUGCCAGCCUGCUCCUUGAUCCCGUGUUGCUUCCAGCACUCUCCCUUCACUGCUCCAAAAGGUUUUAUUCAUUGUCUAUUCCCUAUUGAGGUUGAUGGUGGGGUUUGCAUUCAUGGUUAAAAUGGUGAGAUUUCCAAAGUGUAUCAGUAAGCGUGGUCACAUGCCUAAUUGAAUUGUAUGCCUUUGUUUUUGACCUGGGUUGACAUGACCUCAGUGUAAUGCUCACUGGUCUAUGAAGGGUUUUUAUUGGGUUCAUGCAAUGACGGAGCUCACAUGACUCAAUUGACAAAUGCGCCAAAGAGUUUAAUGCAAGCGGCAUUUGGAUCAGAAAGCCCCUGGUUUGUGUUGAGUGAUAGAGGUCUCCAUACUCUUGGGUUAAGGAGGGGGAGUUCUCAAUUGUUCCUGAUUUUGCCAUCCUGUCACCCCUGUAAAGGUUAGGUCGGGUGACGGUUCUGUCUGCCUACUCUUCUCCCUCAUAAUCCCUUCUGACCCGAUCAGCAUGUAAGCUGAGGUUUUCUGCAAGGUUUCUGUCCCUUUCACUCCCAAUGCCUCACCAGGAGAGGGGGAAAUUAAGGCUUCAGUAAUUGAUCUUUUGAGGAAAGAGUAGCAGUCUGUUUUGUUGAACUCUUUCCCAACUGAGCAUGUUUAUCCCUGUGGUUCAGAUUUCUCUCUGGUUUAGCACAACCCACCUAACUAGAAAACAUUGUAGUAAAGAGUAAAGGGUAAUUGGUGGAAUUUGGAGAUCAGUGAGAUUUAGCAUUCUGGAAAGCCAAAUCCUGAAACAGCAGAUCCCUCAAAAUGUUACAGGUACUGGGAACAGCAAAUAUGUUAGAACUUUAUUUUCAGUUUUACUGAGGUUCUAUAGUACUGGGCUGCAGCGCGUUUGGAAACUAUCUACUCUUGUUUUUUUAAAAAAAAGAAAAAUCCUGACAUCCUGAGUUGCUGGGGGCAUUUUGCUAUCCAUUUCAAAACCAUCUGUCAGUGGCUUAGUCAGUUGUGGGAGAUGUCUUUUCCCUAAGAUGGGGAAUUUCAAGACAUUUGGGGGCACAUUUUUAAGGAGGGAGAUUUUUAAAGAAGGGGCAAUUUUCUUACACAGAGUGGUUCACAUGUGAAAUGAACUUCCUGAGGGAAGUGAUGGAUGUGUAAGAUAUUUAAGACAUUUGGACAAGUACAUGAAUAGGAAAGGUUUGAGGGAUAUGGGUCAGGAGCAGGCAGGACUGACUAGCUUAGUUUGCAAUUAUGUUUGGCUUGGACAGUAUGUGCUGUAUGACUCCAAAACAAACUCUGGUUCCUAAUCUUGAAUGGCAACCUCUCCUUUGGAAAAUGCACCUGUGUGUAUAUCCAUACAUGUAAAAGUGUGUGCGUGUUGUGUAAGUAAUCAGGCUCAUCUGCAGCUUGUUUGAAUCAUGCAGCAAUUCAUUGUUGAAUAACCCCACUGAUGCACAGAUGAGAGAGAGUCUGGAGUAGAAGCCAGAUAUCUGCUGAAGUCAAUCCCACACAAUCCCCAUGUCCCUCUACACAGGAAGAAGCUCUGGGAGUCAACGCUGAGUAGUACAUGGAGUGAGCACAACACCUUCCUUGAAGCAAUGCCUCUGUUUGAAUCAUAUUUGACUUGAGACUACAAAGAGGAAGCAGAAUCCCUCAAGCUUAUGGGGAAAUUCACAGUUUUGUUGUGAUUGUAUAAUUCCUUAACUUUUCCAAUUUUUAAAAGAAGCAUGGUAGACCAAUUGAUAGAGGAUGAUAGCUAUAGCAAGUAAAAUAAGACUUCUUUGUUUUCUAGGAUGAUGGAAAGAACUGUGGACCUGGUCGUUUUUCACAAUUAAAUUUGAAGGAAAGGUAUCAAGGUUUUUCAUGAAAAAUGUAGUAACACCAUCUUUGAACAGGAAAACUUAAUGGGGAUGGGUGGUGGGGAUUUUGCAUAAGGAAGACCCCAACCAAAUGCAUCCUCUGUAAGGAGGCUGAGCAGGUAUGCUCAUAAUCCAUUGCUCAGUAAUGCAGUCAGUUCAGCUGAAAAUAAGCUUUGACUGAGCGUGUUGGAAGCUCCUGGGACAAAGGGUCGGGAAAGGUGGGGGAGAGGGGGUGGCAGCCAAGAAUCUGGGCCUGUAGGGAAGACAUUGGUUGAUUUAAUUGCUGGCACCAAACUCAGAUCUUCUUCUUUCCCCUUCUAAUGGGUGGGGACAUGGCUGUAUAUUUUCUGUGCCUGCAAGAAUAAAGUUUUGUGAAUUAACUGUAUCCUGUGUAUAAGAAAAGAACAAGUUUAAAGGCUUUGAGUCUUAAAUAAUAAAAAGAUAA